AUGGCGAGCCUGCCAACGAAAAAACUUUCUUCUUCUAAGUCUCGACCCAAUGAGGCUUCCAAGAACACUUCUCCUGUCAAACAGACAGCAUCUCACGAGGUGGAUCAAUUGGCUGAAGUGAGGGCUCCAGCUUUUCAGUCAAAUCAGCCUGCUUCGCGAUAUGUCCAUCCCUUGCCGCAUACACUGGAGGUGGGUGAUGAUUCCGAGCUGUGGUCGGACAAGGUGUGCCGAUACAUUGAUCUGAUGAACGUGCCUCACCCGAACGCAUUCGUCAUCGAUUCUGUUGGACGGUCCUUGGAAAUGUACACAAUUGGUCUGGAUUACGUGCAUAUGCCCUUGACCACCCUGUUGAGUACUCUAAGAGCACGUAUAGUGCCACCAAUACCUCCCAUUGAAGCGCUGAAAAGAUUCAGCGAGUGCAACCAGAGACAAGGUGAAUCUAUCAACCAGUUCACCUUACGUCUCCGCAAGCUUGCGCGUCAAGCUAUGCAGGACAAGACACAUUCAGAGGUUGAAAGCGCUAUAUAUUCCAAGUUCUUGCAGGGCGUCGACGUCCGUUACAGGAAGGACUUCAACUUGCACACUCCAGCAUCCAUGACAGAAGCGGAAGCUAGGGCACGCCUAAUGGAAAGCCUGGAAGAGCCAGGAACCAUAUGCCCACAAGUAAACGCAAUGGGAUAUCAGCACACAACAACAAAGCAUGCACUAUGA